CCCCUUUCCAUAUAUAGGGUUUCCAUUUCCAUUAAAAUUAUUUUCAAAGAAUAUAUAUCAUCACAAACAAAAACCUCAGAGCCCUCUCGAUAGAGUUGCUACGAUGGUAAGGCGAUUCGACGAUGAAGAAGAUGAUGACGUCGAAGAGGAAGAGUAUGAAGAUGAGGAAGAACAGUUAUUGGACGACGAGGAUUAUGACCUCGACGAAGACGUAGGGAGAGGCCGUGGCGGUUCGAGUAAGAAGCGUGGCAGAUCUGAUUUCAUCGACGACUUGGCGGAGGAGGAUGAUGAGGAAGAUGAAGAUGAUGAUGAUGAGGUUUAUGGCGGCGGCGGCGGUGGUGGUGGUCGAGGUGGGAAACGACACAAGGCUCCGCGUGAUGGCUCUCAGUUUUUUGAUCUUGAAGCACAGGUUGAUAGCGACGAGGAAGAGGAAGAGGAUGAAGGGGAAGACGGCUUCAUAGUUGACAGUGGAGCUGAUAUGCCUGAUGAAGAUGUUGGUAGAAGGAUGCGUCGCCCAUUACCUCUUCGGGAGGAUGAACAAGAAGAUGUUGAAGCUCUUGAAAGAAGCAUUCAAGCUAGGUAUGCAAGAUCAAGUCACGCAGAAUAUGACGAGGAGACAACUGAUGUGGAACAGCAAGCACUUUUGCCAUCUGUAAGAGAUCCAAAGUUGUGGAUGGUGAAAUGUGCGAUUGGUCGUGAACGAGAGACAGCAGUUUGCCUCAUGCAGAAAUACAUUGAUAAAGGAUCUGAAUUGCAGAUCAGGUCUGUUAUUGCCCUUGAUCACCUAAAAAAUUAUAUUUAUAUUGAAGCAGACAAGGAAGCCCAUGUGAGGGAGGCUAUCAAAGGUAUACGCAAUAUAUUUGGAGCAAAGAUAAUGCUUGUUCCAAUAAGGGAAAUGACUGAUGUUUUAUCAGUUGAAAGCAAAGCGAUUGAUCUUUCAAGAGAUACCUGGGUCAGAAUGAAGAUUGGGACAUAUAAGGGUGAUCUUGCUCAAGUAGUUGAUGUGGAUAAUGUUCGGCAAAGAGUCACUGUGAAAUUGAUCCCUAGGAUUGACUUACAAGCCCUAGCGAAUAAAUUGGAAGGGAGAGAAGUUGCAAAGAAGAAAGCUUUUGUUCCUCCUCCUCGUUUUAUGAAUGUUGAUGAAGCUAGGGAACUUCAUAUUCGUGUAGAGCACAGACGAGAUCCAAUGUCUGGUGAUUACUUUGAGAAUAUUGGUGGCAUGUUGUUUAAAGAUGGGUUCUUGUACAAAACAGUGUCAAUGAAGUCAAUUAGUGCUCAGAACAUAAAACCAACUUUUGAUGAACUUGAAAAAUUUCGGACACCAAGUGUGAAAGGAGAAGGUGAAAUGGUCGGUUUGUCAACUUUGUUUGCGAACAGGAAGAAAGGUCAUUUCAUGAAGGGUGAUGCUGUUAUUGUUGUGAAGGGGGAUCUGAAAAAUUUAAAGGGAUGGGUUGAAAAGGUUGAGGAAGAGAAUGUCCACAUCAGACCAGAAAUGAAAGGCCUUCCUAAAACUCUGGCUGUUAACGAAAAAGAGCUAUGUAAGUACUUUGAGCCUGGGAAUCAUGUGAAGGUUGUCGCUGGGACUAAGGAAGGUGCAACUGGGAUGGUUGUCAAGGUUGAGCAGCAUGUGCUCAUCAUUUUAUCUGAUACAACCAAAGAACAUAUUCGUGUUUUUGCUGAUGAUGUUGUUGAGAGCUCUGAAGUAACGACUGGUGUUACAAAAAUUGGGGAUUAUGAGCUUCAUGACCUUGUGCUACUAGAUAACAAUAGCUUUGGUGUAAUUAUACGUGUAGAAAGGGAAGCGUUUCAGGUUCUUAAGGGGGUUCCUGAGAGACCAGAGGUAUCUCUUGUCAAAUUGAGGGAAAUCAAAUGCAAGCUUGAGAAGAAAUUUGACGUGCAAGAUAGAUAUAGGAAUACUGUUUCUGUAAAAGAUGUGGUUAGGAUACUUGAGGGUUCUUGUAAAGGGAAACAAGGCCCUGUUGAGCAUAUAUACAAAGGAGUCUUGUUCGUUUAUGAUCGUCAUCACCUUGAGCAUGCUGGCUUUAUAUGUGCUAAAGCUGGUUCUUGUUGUGUAGUGGGAGGAGCACGUUCCAAUGGGAAUAGAAAUGGUGAUUCCCUCUCAAGAUUUGGUGGCUUCAAGACUCCACCUCGUGUACCACCUUCGCCAAGGAGAUUUUCUAGGGGAGGUCCUCCAUUUGAUUCUGGAGGAAGGCACAGAGGUGGAAGAGGAGGGCAUGAUGCUUUGGUUGGGACUACUGUGAAAAUUCGACAGGGCCCUUAUAAGGGUUACCGUGGACGUGUUGUAGAUAUUAAAGGUCAAUCAGUUCGAGUUGAGUUAGAGUCUCAAAUGAAGGUUGUUACAGUCGACCGCAAUUUUGUAUCUGAUAAUGUCGUUAUUUCAACACCGCACCGUGAGACAUCCCGGUAUGGUAUGGGAAGUGAAACACCUAUGCGCUCUGCACGAACUCCAUUACAUCCGUACAUGACUCCUAUGAGAGAUCCUGGAGCAACACCUAUCCAUGAUGGCAUGAGGACACCUAUGCGUGACAGGGCCUGGAAUCCUUAUGCACCAAUGAGUCCACCUAGGGAUAAUUGGGAAGAAGGAAACCCUGCCUCUUGGGGGACCAGUCCACAGUAUCAGCCAGGAAGUCCUCCUUCAAGGGCAUAUGAAGCACCUACACCUGGUUCGGGUUGGGCCAGCACUCCUGGCGGUAGUUACAGUGAGGCUGGAACACCGAGAGACAGCGGUUCAGCUUAUGGCAAUGCUCCAAGUCCCUAUAUGCCAUCAACACCAAGUGGUCAGCCUAUGACACCAAGCUCGGGACCCUAUAUUCCGGGUACACCUGGAGGGCAGCCAAUGACACCAGGAACUGGUGGUCUUGAUGCUAUGUCUCCUGUAAUAGGUCCUGAGAGUGAAGGACCAUGGUUCGUGCCAGAUAUUUUGGUCAAUGUGCACAAAUCUGGGGAUGAGACUCUUGGCGUUAUCCAGGAGGUGCUUCCGGAUGGGUCAUGUAAGGUGGCCCUUGGAUCAAGUGGCAGUGGGGAUACAGUAAUCGCCAUGCCUAGUGAGAUGGAAAUCAUACCACCGAAGAAAUCAGACAAGAUCAAAAUCAUGGGUGGCUCACUACGCGGUCUGACUGGCAAGCUAAUCGGGGUAGAUGGCACGGAUGGCAUUGUAAGGAUAGAUGACAGUCUUGAUGUGAAGAUAUUGGACUUAGUUAUACUAGCAAAAUUACCCUGAUAAUAAUAACAACAACAAUAAUGAUAACUAGCAAUGUAUAUGACUGUUAAGUAGUUUUUGAGUAAAUUUUGUUUGGAAUUCACGUUGUCGUAAAGUGGCUUCUUCCUAUUCUCUCAAA